CCACCGAAAACGACCCUCCACGCCCAGUCUACUGUGUUCAAGAAGACGGUCGUCAUCGCCUACAAGUACGAUGUGCACUGCUCGCCCAGCUGCGUUGAAGGCCCUCUCCCCCUGUCACACGCUGCUUUGCUACAGUGCCGCGCUGCACAAUUCGUAUCACGUUGCCGCUGCCGAUACUGUGAAACAAGUCUAGGUCACAGCAAUUGCGGCAAUAACCACCCACGACCACAACAACAACGAAAGAAAAAAACUCCUGUGCAAUUCAGAGUGUGGUGCUUCGUGAUUAUUAGGCCACACUGA